AUGAGGCUUUUUGGUGCAAAGGAGAUGGGUCAGGACCAGACAAAGCAGCAGAUAGAGAAAGGACUCCAGCUCUACCAGUCUAACCAGACAGAAAAGGCCCUGCAAGUCUGGAUGAGGGUAUUGGAAAAGACCACGGAGCCUGCUGGCAGGUUUCGGGUUUUGGGCUGCCUCAUCACUGCUCACUCGGAGAUGGGCAGAUACAAGGAUAUGCUAAAGUUUGCAGUUGUGCAGAUUGACACAGCUCGGGAGCUAGAGGACCCUGACUACCUUAUGGAGAGCUACCUGAACCUGGCUCGGAGCAACGAGAAACUCUGUGAAUUCCAGAAAACCAUCUCUUACUGUAAGACAUGCCUGAACAUGCAGGGCACCACCGUGAGCCUGCAACUGAAUGGCCAGGUGAGCCUCAGUAUGGGCAAUGCCUUCCUGGGCCUCAGCAUCUUUCAGAAGGCACUGGAGUGUUUCGAGAAAGCCCUGCGCUAUGCACACAACAAUGACGACAAGAUGCUGGAAUGUCGAGUCUGCUGCAGCUUGGGCAGUUUCUACACACAGAUCAAGGACUAUGAGAAAGCCCUGUUCUUCCCAUGUAAAGCAGCUGAAUUGGUGAAUGAUUAUGGAAAGGGCUGGAGUUUGAAGUACCGAGCAAUGAGCCAGUACCACAUGGCAGUGGCCUAUCGGAAGCUGGGGCACCUGGCAGAUGCUAUGGAAUGCUGUGAGGAGUCAAUGAAGAUUGCUCUGCAGCAUGGGGACCGGCCACUGCAGGCACUCUGCCUACUCUGCUUUGCUGAUAUCCACCGCAGCCGAGCAGACAUACAGACAGCCUUUCCUCGCUAUGAUUCCUCCAUGAGCAUCAUGACAGAGAUUGGAAACCGCCUGGGACAGAUCCAGGUACUGCUGGGAGUGGCCAAGUGUUGGGUGAUCCAGAAGGAGCUAGACAAGGCACUGGAAGGCAUUGAGAAGGCCCAAGAGCUGGCAGAGGGCCUGGGGAACAAGCUUGGCCUGCUGAAGCUUCACUGCCUGUGUGAAGGGAUCUAUCGCACAAAGGGACAGCAACGGGAACUUCGUGACCAUGUGGUGAAGUUCCACGAGUGUGUAGAGGAGAUGGAGCUGUACUGCGGCAUGUGUGGAGAGUCCAUUGGGGAGAAGAACAACCAGCUCCAGGCGCUGCCUUGCUCCCAUUUCUUCCAUUUAAAAUGCCUUCAGACUAAUGGGACCCGUGGCUGCCCCAACUGCCGCCGUUCAUCAAUGAAACCGGGAUUCGUGUGA